UCAAUAACGGAGUGUUAGAGUGCCAGGCGGGGUGACAGCGGGUGAUUUCUUUCCAUGCCCCAGUAAACUGCGUUCCUAAUUUCAUGGACAGCCUCCAUCUUUGGGUGCCAUUUGGUGUGUCUGGUUACCCCAAUCCUCUAAGAGACCCCAAAAGCAGACAAGGCCAGGAUGGCGCAGUCAGUGUCACAGGUUGGAGAUAAACCGGGCAUCAGGUGAGUUGAUUUGCAUGUUCAUGAGUUUUGUUUUCUCACUUUUAUUACUGCAGGCUGCUGACCAGGCUGGAUGGCUCCACACCCAAGUUCUAGAAAGCCUUAUCUCUCUGGUGUCCUGGUCGGGUGUUUGAUGCUAAAAGACUUCAUUGUUCUUUAUGGAGAGCAGCAACAGUAAAAUUAAUCCAAAUGUAAGGAAAACAAAACAUUUAACAAGAAGGCCGUGCUGGCAGAAUGUCAAAGCGUUCGCCUCACCGGUGGACAUGUUGAUGAUUAACCGAAGCUGCAGCCAUCCUCCAGGAUGUUCAUGUUGACACCUGCAUAUGACAUCAUGGACCCCUCGCCCCUGCCACACCAUAAAAGCUCCCAGCUAGCCGAGGACCCCAGACUGACCUGAGAGGGCAGACCCACCAGACCACUGCCAGUCGAGCGCCACAGAUCCUGAGCACAAUGGCUGCGAUGCUUUCACUGCUACUAGUCGGGUUGAUGGCGAGUCUCAGCACAGCUGUAGAUGCCAACGGUCAAGUCAGACUUGUCAAUGGGAUCAACAGGUGUUCUGGCAGAGUGGAGUUGUUUUAUCAGGGCCAGUGGGGAACCGUCUCUGAUGACGGAUGGGAUUUGAACGAUGCUGAAGUUGUCUGCAGGCAGCUCGGUUGUGGCAAUGCCUUCUCAGCACCAGGAAAUGCCCACUUUGGAAAAGGCAGUGGAAAGAUCUGGAUGGAUGGUGUUGCUUGCAAAGGGAAUGAGUUGUCCUUGAUGCUGUGCAAACAUAAUGGAAUGGGAGAACAUAACUGUGAUUCACAUGAAGAUGCUGGGGUCGUUUGUUCAGGUAGGUGUAACAUUCAAUACCUCUGCCAAAAGGGAUGGGAGAACCACUCCAGCCAGUGCUACCAAUUCUUUACAGAGAAGAAGUCCUGGAUUGAUGCGGAGCUUUACUGUGUCAGACUUGGAGGAAACCUGGCGUCUGUCCACAGCAGUGGUGACCACCACUUCAUCACCAGUCUGAUUAAGAGAAGUGACUCCCAUCAACCCACCACCUGGCUCGGAGGCUUCGACUGUGUGCGGACCUUAUCGUGGCUCUGGACUGAUGGGUCCCAGUGGGAUUUUACAAACUGGAAUCCGGGUGAACCCAACAACGACCGUGGCAUUGAGAACUGCUUACACACCAACUAUCUAGUUCCAGGUGGCUGGAAUGACAUCGAGUGUGAACAUCAGUUUCCAUUUGUCUGCAUGAUAAACGACUGGCCAAUGCUGUAUAAUAAAAAGGAGUGAAGCCAUGAGAGACGGUGAAGAUGUCUGAUCUUCAUUACACUUUGGCUGUUUCUAAAUAAAAACACAUCUAGC